AUGGCGCAGGCUAUGGCAGCGAUGGUGGGAGCAGCGGGUGUGCGGCUGGCAUCAGACUUGAUGGAUCACUCCAUAGAGUUGAUGAAGGUGAACCUGGAGAAGGAGCGGAUCGAGAGGGAAAAGGAGCACUUCCAAUUAGAGAUAGAAUGGGCAAAGGAAGAUUCGCGCUUCAGGGAUCUGAUCAUGAUGAAGACCCAGCUGUCAUUACUAGCAAGACUGUCUGCUUUGAUGGGAGGGUUUCAGGAUGAGCUCAUCGCUAUCUGGGCAGCCAUCAGCGUGCUUGUGAUUGUGGUCAACUUCUCGAUCAUGAUCAUGGCUUCCCUGAUGCAACUUCAAAUAGCGCAGCACACCUACAAGGAAGGUGACUUUCCGAUCCAUGAUUCUGAGAGAUACAGCGCAGCGAACCCCGAUGGGCUCAUCAUUGAAUCACAAGAAUUCCUCCUCUUCUGGAACCUGACAUGCGACCACAAGUUCAUAGUGAUGAUGAAGGUUUUCUCAUGGGGCAUCCCCCUCUACUUCGCAAGUCUUGCCCUUGGAGUCAUCCUCAAGUUCUACAUGUCGACAGUCGCAGCCUUGAUCAGCGCCAUGCCUUGUGUUGCCUUCACCCGCAUAUGGUGGCACUAUCACUCCGGGCUCAUCUCAUACAUCACGUUCCGUGCAGCGGGUGCGGACGAUGAUGCAGGGCGUUACGAAAGUUCGAUCAAGCAAGAGGCUUCGCUGACUCCUCCGCAGCGUCGCGUACCUGCAGGGGUUACGCAGCUGAGCGGGAGGUGA